AUGGAUCGUGUCACUGCGCCGGAGGUGAAAUCCGAGCGGUGGUCCAUCACCGCGCGGUUCCUCCUGAAUGUGGACGACUCUCACACCACGGUCGAACCUCCCGGCUGUCUUACGCUGGCCGAGCGCGAUCCGUUUUGGAUCGCGAAAGCGCUAAGGAAGAAGCAGCCCAGCUUCUUCGGCCACCCGCCGCAAGUCCCGGUCGGUCACGUCUUCGAAUCAUUUUCGCCGGUGAUGGAGACCGGGCUCCAUCCCACCCAUGUACAAGCCGUCGCGGGAACGAGCAAAGAAGGCGUGAGGUCGAUGAAGAUGGGCCGGGAACGCAAUCUCGUUAACAUGGACCGGCUGGACAGCAUCGUUUGCUUUACGAACGGCACCCACAGCCGCCGUGGCGGCCAGCCGGACAUCGAUGCCACAUUCUCCAACGAGAGGAACAAGCCGUGGCUCACCUCGAUGCUGUCCAACAAACCGAUCAGGGUGGUGGUCAGCUCGUCGACGACGUCGCCGUUUGCCCCGCAGUGCGGCCCCGACGGAGAAGACAAGUGGCACUAUCGAGGCCUGUUCACGUGCCGCGGCGCCUACGUGGUCGAAGUGGACGGCCUCUACCGCAUCUACGUCAGCCUCGAGGCCCUCUCCCGCGAACACACCUACCGCCCUCCUCUCGAGCACGGGGUCGUGGAAGACAGCGACGGGAAAGAGAGCGACGACGACGACGACGACGACGAUGACGACGGCGACGACGACGGCCAGAAAGGGGGAGCGAGCAGAAAGCGAAAGAGAAGGCGACGCGGCACGACUACGAAGGAGAAGAGGAGGAGGAAGAAGAGGAAGAGGCCGGCGUGCCAACAGCUUCGAAGCGAUGGCGACAGGCACGAGCAGGCAACGACGUUGGAACCGGAAACGCAGCAAAUGGAUGAAGCGGAGGUGGAGGUGGAGGAGGACGACGACGACGACGCAAUCGAGGUGGACUUUCCACCAUCGCGGCAGGCAGUGGCCGACGCCGGCCCACACGAGGCCGCCGCCGCCCAGGCCGCACUGUGUUGUCGCUGGAGCAGGGAGUCGGCCGUCGCGGCGCACAUCAUGUUCGGCACCCCGCCCUCCGCCGCAAACUUGGAUCUCGAUCAUCGCCUCGGCUAUGUGCUGGCGGUGGGCGAAGAGAAGCGGCUUGCGGCGGACUCGUUUGCGGGCCUGCCUCUGUUUCAGCUCCACGCGUACCUCAUCCGCCACCGAAGCGCGCACCUUUCCGAUCGCCUCACCCUCCCCGAGCUCCUGGGCUACCUCAACUCCCUCCCGCUCUUCCAGCUCCGUGAGCGGGCUGUCGCGGUGCACGCGCGGCUACGAGCCGAAGCGGCGCACAGCCGGGAUGACCCGCGUGGCGGCGGCGGCGAAAGAAAGGCGGAGGCGAGGAUCGCAGAGUACCUUUGCAGCCUCGAGGACCUCACCCAGGCCCACGUGGGCAUCAAGGAACCCGAACAGGGCUUGCCCUGCUACUUCCUGACCAACGCCUGCCUCUUCGACCAGUCGGGCGGCAUGGUGUCGCUGGAGCGCGUCCGACCGGACGCCCGGGCGAGCGUCGUCGGCCAGGUCACGGGCCACCCGUCGACCUGGGUCCUCGCGGCCCCGGCCUCCCCGCUCCACCUCGACUACGGCAUGUCCGGCCUGUGGCUGCGCGUCGACAACCCCUUCCGCGCCUGGAUCAGGGUGAUGUCGGGUAGCGAGCUCUACACGCCCUUGUUCGUGUCCACGCUGCGCAAGGCCCGCAUGGCCUACGCCGUGCACGACCACAUUCGCCAUCUCCCGGCUUGCGUCAGAACGAAGGUGACCUUCCGUUGGCUCGUCGCCAAGGGCACGUACUCGGAGGCGGACAUCGCGAGCGCGGCGGCCUUCCUCUACGACCACCUGGAGCAGGAGCACCCGGGCGUGCCCUGCAUCGACCACCUCGACACCCUCCCAAGGCCCGAGGCGCCGAAGCCGCGGGCGCCCGCCAUGCUGGUCCCGCACUGGGCCGACACGGAGCACCGUUUGGUGUGGGUCGCCCAGCAGAUGCCCCGCGGCGUGGCGAUCGAGCCGCGGUUGGGCAUCUACACGGAGCCGCCGGAGGAGCGCGAGGGCAAACGCAAGGCCGACCCCAAGCCGAGCAGCGCGAGCACGCGCAAGUCGAGCCGACGCACCAGCAGACCACCUUCGCCUUCGCGCGACAAGACCAGCGCGCAUUGA